AUGACGUCUGUAGCUCUGUCCUUGUCCCCUGAGGCAGUUGCUCCAUCGUUUUUGGGAGAAGCCCGAGUGCCCCUGCGUGAUGUCCUCUCCUCCCCCAGCCUGGCGGCCUCCUACAACCUCCCCUUGCUGGACACCAAGAAGCAGACGACUGGGGCUUUCCUCAUCCUACAAGUGUCCUACAUUCCUCCACCGGGAGCUGCCCCCCUGUUCCCCCCUCCAGCCCCCCCUGAGCCAGCACCGGCUGCUUCUGAGCCCGACACGGUCACCGAGACGGCCGGAGAGGAGGAGACGGAGGAUCAGGCAGCGACGGGGGAUGAGACGGAGCCCUCCUCCUCCUCGGGGCCACCGGGGUCUGAGCCCCCCUCGCUGCCCCGCAAGCCCCCUGUGCACCACGUCCAGGGGUUGAAGCGGAGGAGGAGCUCACACAAAAAGCCUCUUUCCAAUAAGCCACAGGAUUUCCAGAUCAGGGUGAGGGUCAUCGAGGGCCGGCAGCUCCCCGGGGUCAACAUCAGGCCCGUGGUGAAGGUGACGGCCGCCGGGCAGACCAAGAGGACCAGGAUACGCAAAGGCAACAGCCCCUUCUUUGAUGAGACCUUCUUCUUCAACGUCUUUGAGUCACCGGCCGAGCUGUUCGACGCACCCAUCUUCAUCACGGUUGUGGACUCUCGGUCUUUCCGGACGGACUCGGUGAUCGGGGAGUUUCGGAUGGACGUCGAGACCGUUUACUCGGAGCCAAAACACGCUUUCCUCAGAAAAUGGCUGCUGCUCUCUGACCCAGAGGACUUCUCCGCGGGGGCCAAGGGCUAUCUGAAAGUCAGCCUGUUUGUGCUGGGGCCUGGAGAUGAAGCUCCUCUGGAGAAGAAGGAGGUCUCUGAAGACAAGGAAGACAUCGAGGGCAACCUCCUGCGCCCCACGGGGGUCACCUUGAGAGGGGCUCACUUCUGCCUGAAAAUCUUCAAAGCUGAAGACUUACCCCAGAUGGAUGACGCCGUCAUGGACAACGUCAGGCAGGUCUUCGGCUUCGAGAGCAACAAGAAGAACCUGGUUGAUCCCUUCGUGGAAGUCAGCUUCGCAGGCAAGACGCUCUACUCCAGGAUCCUGGAGAAGAACGCCAACCCGCAGUGGAACCAGUGCCUGACACUGCCGGCGAUGUUCCCUUCCAUGUGUGAGAAGAUGAGGAUCCGGGUGACCGACUGGGACCGUCUGACGCACAACGAUAUCAUCGGCACCGCCUACCUCUGCAUGUCCAAGAUUUCAGCCCCCGGCGGGGAGCUGGAGGAUGAGUUUCCUGCUCUCGCGAAGCCUCUGAAAGCCUCAGACCCGGACGAUGGGCUCGGGUUCCUGCCGACCUUCGGUCCCUGCUAUAUCAACCUCUACGGCAGCCCCCGGGAGUUCACCGGCUUCCCCGACCCUUACGAGACGCUCAAUUUAGGAAAGGGCGAGGGAGUUGCGUAUCGCGGCAGGAUGCUGGUGGAGCUGGAGACCAAACUGGUGGAGCACGUGGAGCAGAAGGUGGAGGACAUUUCUGCGGAUGACAUCCUGAGGGUGGAGAAGUACCUGCGCCGUCGGAAGUAUUCCCUCUUCGCUGCCUUCUACUCAGCCACCAUGCUCCAAGAUGUGGACGAUGCCAUCCAGUUUGAGGUCAGCAUCGGCAACUAUGGCAACAAAUUCGACAACACGUGCCUGCCCUUGGCCUCCACCACGCAGUACAGCCGGGCCGUGUUUGAUGGCUGCCAAUAUUACUACCUGCCCUGGGGUAACGUGAAGCCCGUGGUGGUGUUGUCGUCCUACUGGGAGGAUAUCAGCUACCGGACUGACGCUCAGAACCUGCUCCACUAUGCAGCCGACAGGCUGGAAGAAAACCUGGAGAAGCUCCACCUUGCUCUCAAGGCCAACCACUUGCCGAGUGAGCUGGACGCCCUGGGUGCCCAGCUGAUGGAUGACAUCAUUGCCGACUGCAGCCUGAGCCUGCCCGAUGUCCUGGGGAAGCCGGCCAGCACCCACCUGGACCAGAACAUGUACCGCUUUCGCAGCACCAACCUGGAGCAGAUCGUGAAGGCAGCCCUGAAGCUCAAGCAUGAGGACUCGAGCCUGUCGGCGGCCCUGGAGCAGGCAGAGGACUGGCUCUUGAGGCUGAAGGCCAUGGCAGAGGAGCCCCAAAACAGCCUGCCCGAUAUAGUGAUCUGGAUGCUGCAGGGAGACAAGCGUGUGGCAUACGCCCGUGUGCCGGCCCACGAGGUCCUUUUCUCCAGGAACAUCCCCAGCUGCUGCGGCAAGAACUGUGGGAAGCUGCAGACCAUCUUCCUGAAGUACCCCCAGGAGGAGGCCAUGGGGCCGAGGAUCCCAGCUCAGAUCCGGGUCCAGCUCUGGUUUGGGCUGUCGGUCGAUGAGAAGGAGUUUAACCAGUACGCCGAGGGGAAGCUCUCCGUCUUCGCUGAAACUUAUGAGAACCAGACCAAGCUGGCGUUGGUGGGGAACUGGGGCACAACUGGUCUGACUUACCCCAAAUACUCGGAUGUCACCGGCAAGAUCAAGCUGCCUAAGGACAGCUUCCGCCCCUCCACGGGCUGGACCUGGGCUGGGGACUGGUUCAUCUGCCCAGAGAAGACGUUGCUGCACGAUGCGGACGCUGGGCACCUGAGCUUCGUGGAGGAGGUGUUUGAGAACCAGGUCCGGCUGCCUGGAGGCCAGUGGAUCCACAUGACUGAUGCCUACACUGACGUGAACGGGGAGAAGGUCCUACAUAAGGAUGAAAUAGAGUGUCCUCCGGGCUGGAAGUGGGAAGAUGUGGAGUGGGACACGGAUCUCAACAGAGCUGUGGAUGAGAAAGGCUGGGAGUACGGCAUCACCAUCCCUCCCGACCGCAAGCCCAAGGCCUGGGUGCCGGCCGAGAAGAUGUACCACACCAACCGGCGACGGCGCUGGGUGCGGCUUCGCCGGCGGGACCUGGCGCAGAUGGAGGCCAUGAGGAAGGGGGGAGUGACAGAUGACAAGAGCGAUGAUGGCAAAUCCGUCUCCACCCUCAGUUUUGGUGUCAACAGACCCACCAUUUCGUGCAUAUUUGACUGUGGGAACAGAUACCACCUCCGCUGCUACAUGUACCAGGCGCGGGAUCUGAUCGCCAUGGAUAAGGACAGCUUCUCAGAUCCUUAUGCCAUUGUCUCCUUCCUCCACCAAAGCCAGAAGACGGUGGUGAUCAAGAACACCUUGAACCCCACCUGGGACCAGACACUCAUCUUCUACGAGAUAGAGAUCUUUGGGGACCCCCAGAACGUAUCUGACUCCCCUCCCAGCAUCGUGGUGGAAAUCUAUGACCAUGACACCUACGGCGCGGAUGAGUUCAUGGGGCGCUGCAUUUGCAAGCCCAGCCUGGCACGCUCGCCGCGGCUCUCCUGGCACCCGGUCAUCAAGGCGAACAGAAACGUCGGGGAGCUGCUGGCUGCCUUCGAGUUGAUUCAGAGGGAGAAGCCAGCUGUCCAUCACAUCCCUGGCUUCGAGAGUGAGCUGUCCUCCAGUCUGGAUGAGUCCGCCGACUCCGACCUGCCGUACCCCCCGCCCCAGCGGGAGCCCAACAUUUACAUGGUGCCCCAAGGAAUCAAACCCGUCCUGCAGCGCACGGCCAUCGAGAUCCUGGCCUGGGGGCUGAGGAACCUCAAGAGCUACCAGCUGGCCAGUGUCACCUCGCCCAGCCUGCUGGUAGAGUGUGGGGGCCAGCUCGUGCAGUCCUGUGUCAUCAAGAACGUCAAGAAGAACCCCAACUUUGACAUCUGCGUGCUCUUCAUGGAAGUGCGUUUACCCAAGGAGAGCCUGUACAGCCCCCCCAUCAUCGUCAAAAUCAUCGACAACAGGCCGUUUGGCCGAAGGCCCGUGGUGGGGCAGUGCACCAUCCGCUCGCUGGAGGAUUUCUACUGUGACCCCUACCAAGAGGAGAUGGACGGUCCCCAGGAGCACUCGGACGAUGUGAGCCUCACGCCCAGGGACGACGUCCUCAUUGACAUCGAUGACAAAGAGCCUCUUAUUCCUGUCCAGCUUGCAGAGGGUAUGACCAGCUCAGCAUUAAUUAACAUACCAGCUUCUCGGGCCCAGCCUCAUAAGAUACCAUGGGAGGAAGAAUUCAUUGACUGGUGGAGCAAAUUCUAUGCUUCCACAGGAGAGAGGGAAAAAUGUGGCUGCUAUUUAGAGAAGGGCUUCGACACCCUGAAGGUCUACGAGACGGAGCUGGAGAACGUGGAGGACUUUGAGCAUCUCUCCGACUUCUGCCACACCUUCAAGCUGUAUCGUGGCCGGUCGCAGGACUCGAACGAUGACCCCUCGGUCGUGGGGGAGUUCAAGGUAGUGGGACAGGGAGAGGCAGAGUUCUUCCUUCGCCAUCAAUAUUACUGUGCCGUGACUCUUUCUUGCGUUUACUUUCAUGCCCACCUUCAGUGCGAUCCCUAUGUGAAGAUUUCAGUGGGAAAGAAAUCCAUUAAUGACCAAGAAAAUUACAUCCCUUGUACGCUGGAGCCCGUCUUUGGAAAGAUGUUCGAGCUGAGCUGCACUCUGCCCCUGGAGAAGGACUUGAAGGUCACGCUCUACGACUACGACCUCCUGUCGAAGGAUGAGAAGAUUGGGGAGACCGUCAUAGACCUGGAGAACCGGUUCCUGUCAAAAUACGGGGCGCGCUGCGGCCUCCCCCAAACCUACUGCGUCUCUGGACCCAACCAAUGGCGAGACCAGCUCCGUCCUUCCCAGCUGCUUCACCUCUUCUCCCUGCAGCACAACUACAAGGCUCCCACCUACAAGUCUGACCGGGUCAUCUUCAGGGAGCAAGAGUACGUCCUCUCUGAACUGGAGGAUGGAAAACCCCUCAACCCCCACCUGGGGCCGGUGGAGGAGCGUCUCGCCUUGUACGCCCUGCGGAGACAGGGGCUGGUGCCGGAGCACGUGGAGACGAGGCCGCUGUACAGCCCUCUGCAGCCAGACAUCGAGCAGGGAAAGCUACAGAUGUGGGUGGAUCUAUUCCCGAAAUCUCUGGGCCAGCCUGGCCCCCCUUUCAACAUCACGCCACGCAAAGCCAAGAGGUUCUUCUUGCGCUGCAUCAUCUGGAACACCAAGGACGUCAUCCUCGACGACCUCAGCAUCACUGGGGAGAAGAUGAGUGACAUCUACGUCAAAGGCUGGCUGGUUGGCCACGAGGAGAACAAGCAGAAGACAGAUGUGCACUACAGGUCUAUGGGAGGAGAGGGCAACUUCAACUGGAGGUUCAUCUUCCCCUUUGACUAUCUUCCUGCUGAGCAAAUGUGUUACAUCGCAAAAAAGGAGCACUUCUGGAGCUUGGACAAAACAGAAAACAAGAUCCCACCGCAGCUUAUCUUGCAGAUCUGGGACAAUGACAAGUUCUCUUUUGAUGACUAUUUGGGCUCCAUUCAGAUGGAUCUCAACAGGAUGCCCAAACCUGCCAAGACCGCCGAGAAGUGCUCCUCAGAGCUGGUAGAUGAGACCUUGUCUUCAGGGCGCUUCGUGUCACUCUUUGAGCAGAAAACUGUCAAGGGAUGGUGGCCCUGUGUUGCUGAGCAGGAUCAGAAGAAGAUCCUGGCGGGCAAAUUGGAAAUGACUUUGGAAAUCGUGCCCGAACAAGAGCAUGAAGAGCGGCCAGCUGGCCUGGGUCGGGAUGAGCCAAACAUGAACCCCAGGCUGGAGGACCCCAAGCGCCCGGAAACCUCCUUUCUAUGGUUCACCUCCCCGUACAAGACCCUGAAGUACAUCUUGUGGCGGCGGUACAAGUGGGUGCUUGUCCUGGCCAUCGUGCUCUUCGUUUUGCUGCUCUUCCUGGGGAUCUUCAUCUACGCCUUCCCGAACUAUGCUGCUAUGAAACUGGUGAAACCUUUCAACUGAAGCUGUGCUGGAAAACACCUGCAAGGUCCGGUGCCUGCCUGGGGGUUUUGGAGAGAAGCUGUGGCUCUGGAUCACAUCGGUUGGAGAUGGAGAAGGAACCGCCUCACCCAGGCCUAGGCUGCUGCCAGGAUGAAGAUACAACUUACCCUGGUGCAGGAUGCAGAAUCCCACCUCCAGCACUCGCCUUGGAAGCACAGCACAUAAACAAUACCUACUCUGAAAUGUUUCUUAUUUUACUUCUUUGUCUGUCCCUUUUUUUUUUUGUUUGUUUUUUUUGUUAAGCUGCUCUGAUUGUAAAGCUCGACUCCCAGUGCGCAACUGCAGAGGGUGGGGGAGGAAAGGACCUUGUCAUACAUGUCUGUGAGUGGACAAAGAUACUGCAGACCUUAGCAGAGGCGUUGCGGGCUGCUGGCGCAGGCCACACGUGCAAGCCAAAGUCUCUGGGGUUCUGAGCACCGUUUUCUUUGCGCUCUGAACAAGCCCCGGUUUUCCCUUGCUGUGCAAUGGGCAUUACCUGGCUUCUACAUGUAUAAAGCCCACUGCGGGGGACGUGUGCUGCACAGCCCGACACCCUGGGCUGACACGUUCCCAAAGAGGGAGAAACCCACAAGAUACAGGACCCAGGGAAAAGGCUGAGGUGCAAAACCUGGGCAGGAGUCGGUGAUAAUUGCUAAGAUCAAAACUCCCGUUGAGUUUUGCGCUCACGAAGGACUGCACAGUCUGGCUCUUGCUUGUUUGGAUUUUGUUUUCCCUCCGAGCUGCUUUUUCACCUCUCCAGUCCCACGUGCCUCCCUUCAAGCCUAGGGCUGUAGCAGCAGAAAGAGGAGCCGGGCUGAGUCCUACCCUGAGAGCAAUCCCAGGAGCACAGCACUGCAUGUGGACUUUGCUUUUCUCCUCGCCUGCUCUAUGCAACCCCUGCAGCCACAGUUCUGUGAAUGUGUUAGUCUUUUUUUUUUUUUUCUCCUGCGCUCCCAACCAUCCUUAAGCCACACAGCACACACCAGACUGCAGUGUAAGCCGCAAACCCGGGGCUGCUGGGCGCUAAUGAGGCAGGCAACCUGCACCUUUGGAAGCAGGCUUGUUUGUUUUCUGCUUUGCAAACAAAUUACUAUGAGACAUACCCUGCAGGUCUCGCUCAGCCUCCCACAGAGCGAAUGGCAGCUGUGACAGGGCUGGGAUGACAUUCUUGGGACAUUUUCUGCUGUUUUCUGUUCCCUCCUCCUGUCCAUCUGUCUCGCUGCUGCUGCAGUCGGACGGAGCAGUGUGGACCAAGGGGAUUUCUAGUGUUUUGUAGCGCUGGCUCAGGCCAUGCGAGGAUGCUCAUCAAAACAGCAUUAGCCUCAGAUUUUCAUCCUGCCUCCACUCAUCCUGCAAGGAACCACCUCCCAGAACAAGGAGCAUCAGGCAUGAAAACAAACAUCCCUUUGCGAGAGCCGUCGUGCUGCUCCGCACCGCCUGGCUUCUGCUACCGUCCCUCUGAUGACAAAGGGAUCUUCCCCCCCUGCCCUUGUCGUCCUUGGUUUUAUUUGUCCCCUGGAGCUGCUGCUGCUCAGCGUGACAUGUGCGAGCAAGUAGCAGUGAAAAGUGAUCCCGGGGGAGAGGAGUUCCUCAGGACAAACUGUGCUCAUGUAAGCUCCUGCCCUGCUCCAGCAAGGCACUUAAGCCUGUGCUUAGCAGAAGGCAGGGACUAAAAGCCCACACCUAAUUGCUUUGCUGGAUCGGGAUGUAAUGCGUUGAGCACUAAAUCCCUUGUUAUUCAGUGCUGUAACAGCACCCGGAUCGUGCAGGGGAGCUCGCUCGCUGCCACGUGUGAGGACGGUGCCUUUGACGAGGAGAACGUGCAGCUGUAAAAACCCGUCCUUGCCCCUGAGGCUUGGCCCAUCCACCAGCCCUCUCCCGAAAGCUUGAGUGGUGAAGUCGCCUCUGGGCUUGCACGCCCCAGGGUGGGGGUUUCAUUUUACCGGCCCAGUUAAAUGCUUCAUUUUUGCAUUUGUUCAGUUUUUCCCUCGGAGCCUCCCAACCCCGUUUCGCCUCCACACCCCCUUUUAUUAGCCACUAUCAAAGUACCGGGUCUUGGUCACAUUUUCCGCAAUGCUUUCUCCCUCAGGAUCUGAUGAGCUGAGGAUGAAAGUUGCUUGUGUUUGCAUCUUAAUGAGUUUUGGGGUUUAUAUUUUAUGAGAAUGGUGGGGUGGUUGGUCCUUGCACCUCUUCCCCGUGACCCAGCUCUGCCCGGGGGGUGUCUGCUUGUCUUGCCGAGGGCUGGCAUUGCCUCGCUCUCCUCCCCACCGUGGGAAAUCAGGCCCGUUAUUUCAAUUCCUUGCUUUGGUUUGCAGAGACUGUGAAAUUUCUCACCUUGGCAUUAUUGUCCUGGGACCCCUACCUAUUUCAGGAACAAAAUCUUGGUGCCAAGAGCCCCAAAGAGAUGAGUGCCCCACGCCUGAAGGCAGAACACUGGGUGCCCAUCACCUUUCCUAUCACAACGAUCAGCAGAGACAAGCAACUCUACCAAAACACAGCUGUGUGUUACCCCUCCAGAGCCUCUCCCAGUGAGAAACCAUAUUUUAUUCCCCAGCACUUACCAGCAGCUCUUCCCUGACAAGCCACAGUGGGUCAUCAGUGAUGGGAGAGCAGGACCCAGGGCGUCCAGCUGUGUAAGGAGAGGUGAAGGGUUGCAGCCCUGCAUGCCAUCCUGUCCAGGCUGCAGGGCCAAUUUUCAUGCCAAGAAGACUCUGUGGUGGGUAAAAGCAAGUCUGAGUGUCUGAAAACACCGAUUCAAUCCCAUCUGCAUUGCUGCUGGAGCAGCCACGUCCAUCUCUGCGCCUGACCGUGGGCCCUCGUAGCUCGAUUAUGUCUCUCCACCAAAGCCAGCCAGGAGGUAGGACCUGUAUAAAAUAUUCCCCGUGGCUCCCUGUUAUUCAGGGGUUGGAAAUGGCUGUAAGACAUAUGUAUCACCUGUCUAUGCCUUAUAUACGAUAAUGCAAAAUGCUCUGUGGUUACAAAUGAAAUGCUCUGAAACC